AAGAAGGAUAGUAGUAAAAAAAGUACAGCUAGCUAGCAAUGAAGGAGGAGGCUCAACUACCAUAUAGCGCCCUUUCCUUUCCUUCUUCAAUCACUUGCCACUAACACUAUUAGUACUACCCACCCACCUCUUCCUCCCUGUUUCAAAACUCAAACACAUAUCACACAUUCCCCUCCCCUCUCUUCACCUCACUUCACUCCCACCGCCCUCUCUACCUCUCUCUAUAAGAGCCAAACUGGGUUCCCUUCUCUGCUUUCCUCAAAUUUGUUGGCAAUCAAAUUAAGCAUUAAACUAAGAUAUUUCCUCGAACAAAUUCCAAGAAUUCAAGAAUUUGAAAGCACAAACUUCCAAAAUUCGAAUUACCAAGAACCCCCUUCUCUCCCUCCUCAAGGAAAUAAAGAAGUUUUAGAGAAGUGAAGAGAAAAUGAUUGGACAAACAAAUACUUCUAGUGGUUUCAUGGACGAGAUAGACUGUGGAAGCUUCUUCGACCACAUCGACGACCUCCUAGACUUCCCGUCUGAUGAUGUCGACGCUGGUUUGCCUGACGGUACCACCACAAACAACCAUGCUAGUUGUUUCAUUGGCAACGAUGAUAACUCGUUUCCUGGUAUUUGGUCGACUCAGUCAGAAUCACUCCCCGGUUCUGCAUCUGACCUCUCCGCCGAGUUGUCCGUUCCGUACGAAGAUAUUGUUCAGCUGGAAUGGCUAUCGAACUUUGUGGAGGAUUCCUUCUCUGGGGGCAGCCUGACAAUGAAGAAAGAGGAGUCUGCGUUUGUCGACAAAAAGGACAAAAAGGACUCAGCGCCACACCCCCAGUUCCAGACUUCCAGCCCAGUUUCUGUCCUUGAGAGCAGUAGCUACUGCUCAGGAGAGAAAAAUGCACCUCGGAGCCCCGAAGUUGUUGCUUCUGGCAAAUGUGGGCGUGCUCGCAGCAAGCGUCCUCGCCCUGCUGCGUUCACUCCUCGCCCUGCAAUGCAACUGGUUUCGCCAACAUCGUCGAUCACUGAGGUGCCCCAGCAAUUUGUUUCCCCUAGGGUCCCUUCAGAUUCUGAGAGCUUUGCCGAGUCAAGACUUGUGAUCAAGAUACCAAAGCAUGUUGACCCAGAACAUAAGAAGAAGAAGAAAAUUAAGUUUAUUGUUCCCUCAGGUACUGUGGAGAUGAAUCAAAACUCACAGCCACAGCAAGCAGUUAGGAAAUGCAUGCAUUGUGAGAUAACCAAGACCCCACAAUGGAGAGCAGGACCAAUGGGUCCAAAAACCCUUUGCAAUGCCUGUGGUGUUCGAUACAAGUCGGGCCGGCUUUUCCCCGAGUACCGGCCUGCGGCCAGUCCAACCUUUGUUCCUUCCCUGCACUCUAAUUCGCACAAGAAAGUUGUUGAGAUGAGAGCAAAGGCCGGGGAGAAAAUUACUACCAGCAGACCUGCUACAAUGAUGGUCAACUCGCCAGAGUUGAAUCCAAAUGAGAGCAACCCUGCAAUGGAUUACAUGUGAGGGAGGAUGUAGAGAACAGUGUUCCUGUUGGAUCAUUUCACUUUGCUGGCCCCCUAUUUUCACUGUCAUGCUUCUCGCUCACUGUUAUUUCAUUUCUUUGUUCAUUGGAUUUUGUACAGAGAUGGAAUGGGGGAAAUAGCACUAGAUGACCACAAUUUUAGCUAAUAGAGAAGCACUGUAAGGAAAAACUCAGAAAAGGGUUAGAGCGUAAUGGAAGCUUAAGGGAUAGUAGAGUUUUAGAGUCAGUCAAGGGUAGGUUCUUAAUUAAGGUAAGUAGGUAUUGAGAGUCUGUGUUCGUUUCUCUUUUGCAUUCUUUUCCCUGUUUUCUUUCGCCAUGAGUAUUCUUUUUGCAGUCCAAUUUGUUAGUAAAAAAUCCUGAGACGAGUAAUGGAUUUUGAGAACUUGUAAUGAUUCAUCAAUCCUCAAUUUCCUUCUCCCAU